CUCCUUUGCCCUUUCACACAUGAUGUAGCGGCAAACAUGUCUGCUAGUCGAGUGUGUACUAAAAACGCUAGCCAAAAUGUCUUAAUGUUGGAAUUAUAGAAAAUUAACUUAUUGUGUUUCUAUUCCAACAGGAGAACAUUUAUAUUACCUCAUAUUUCGUGGUACGUUGCACCUUCCUUUGUCGAUCCAAGUCACUUACAUCCACAAGCUAAAUGUAGCUAGCAUGCUAGAUAGACUUUACCGGGUACUUUGUUAACGUUGUUGCUAUUGCGAACUAGCUGUGGCUUGCAAUCAAACUGUUUACUUUUAAUUUACUUACUGCUCGACUAGCCAGCCACAUAGUUAAACAGGCGACAUUUAGCAACGUUAUACUACUACAUCGUACAAUUUCAGUUUACAGUCGAACCAGCGUGACAACUGAAGGAAAAUGACGUCCAUUAUCAAGUUGACAGCCGUGUCAGGGGUUCAGGAGGAGUCGGCCCUCUGUUACCUGCUGCAGGUGGAUGAAUUCCGCUUCCUCCUGGACUGUGGCUGGGAUGAGAACUUCUCAAUGGACAUCAUUGAUGCUAUGAAAAGAUAUGUUCAUCAGGUAGAUGCUGUGCUCCUCUCCCACCCUGACCCCAUACACCUGGGAGCCCUGCCAUAUGCUGUGGGGAAACUGGGUCUGAACUGCACUAUCUAUGCUACAAUUCCUGUCUACAAGAUGGGUCAAAUGUUCAUGUAUGAUCUAUAUCAGUCUCGAAAUAACAGUGAAGAUUUCACACUGUUCACUCUCGAUGAUGUGGAUUGUGCUUUUGAUAAAAUCCAGCAGUUAAAAUACUCUCAGAUUGUCAAUCUAAAAGGCAAAGGGCACGGCCUUUCCAUCACUCCUCUUCCAGCUGGGCACAUGAUUGGAGGCACUAUUUGGAAAAUUGUGAAGGAUGGAGAGGAGGAGAUCGUUUAUGCUGUGGACUUCAACCACAAGAGAGAAAUACACCUCAAUGGCUGCACGUUGGAGAGCAUUAGUCGUCCUUCCUUGCUUAUCACAGACUCCUUCAAUGCUACAUAUGUACAGCCGCGUCGCAAACAGAGAGAUGAGCUGCUCCUUACCAAUGUAAUGGAGACCCUUCGUGGUGACGGUAAUGUCCUUAUUGCCGUGGAUACAGCUGGGCGUGUGUUGGAGCUGGCUCAGCUCCUGGACCAGAUUUGGAGGACAAAGGAUGCUGGGCUGGGAGCCUACCCACUAGCUCUGCUGAACAAUGUCAGCUACAAUGUGGUGGAGUUCUCCAAGUCCCAGGUGGAGUGGAUGAGUGACAAGCUCAUGAGGUGUUUUGAAGACAAGAGGAACAACCCCUUCCAGUUCCGUCACUUGACCCUCUGCCACAGUCUGGCAGACCUGGCCCGGGUGCCCAGUCCCAAGGUGGUGCUUUGCAGCCAGCCAGACCUCGAGUCUGGCUUUUCCAGAGAACUCUUCAUCCAGUGGUGCCAAGACGCCAAAAACUCCGUCAUCCUGACCUACCGCACUACACCUGGAACCCUUGCCCGCUACCUCAUCGACAACCCCGGAGAGAAGAUGCUGGAUCUGGAGGUGAGGAAAAGAGUGAAACUCGAAGGCAAGGAUCUGGAAGAAUAUCUUGAAAAGGAGAAAGUAAAGAAAGAAGCAGCUAAAAAACUUGAACAAGCAAAAGAGGUGGAUGUAGACUCGAGUGACGAGAGCGAUAUGGACGAUGAUCUGGACCAGCCAGCUGCAGUGAAAACUAAACACCACGACCUGAUGAUGAAGAGCGAGGGGAGCCGCAAAGGCAGCUUCUUCAAACACGCCAAAAAGUCUUAUCCUAUGUUCCCCACACAUGAAGAGAGAAUCAAAUGGGACGAGUAUGGGGAAAUCAUCAGGCUAGAAGACUUUCUGGUUCCUGAACUGCAAGCCACAGAGGAUGAGAAAAGCAAACUGGAAUCCGGGUUGACCAACGGUGAUGAACCCAUGGACCAGGAUCUCUCUGUUGUUCCCACCAAAUGCGUCUCCAGUGUAGAAAAUCUUGAAAUUAGAGCGAGAAUCUCGUACAUAGACUACGAAGGUCGCUCUGAUGGCGACUCCAUCAGGAAGAUUAUUAAUCAGAUGAAGCCCAGACAGCUGGUGAUCGUUCGCGGGCCGCCGGAAGCCAGUCUGGACCUGGCAGAGUCCUGCAAGGCAUUCAGCAAGGACAUCAAAGUCUACACACCCAAACUGCAGGAGACUAUAGACGCCACCAGUGAAACACACAUCUACCAGGUGCGGUUGAAAGACUCCUUGGUGAGCUCCCUGCAGUUCUGCAAGGCCAAAGACACAGAGCUGGCCUGGAUCGACGGCGUGCUGGACAUGCGCGUGGUGAAGGUGGACACAGGCGUGAUGCUGGAGGAGGGGGUGAAAGACGAUGCUGAGGACGGCGAGCUGGCCAUGGACGUGGCCCCCGAUCUCGGCAUCGACCAAGACGCCACGGCGGUGGCGGCACAGCGCGCCAUCAAGAACCUGUUCAUGGAGGACGAGAAGGAGGUGUCCGAAGAGAGUGAUGUCAUUCCCACGCUGGAGCCACUGCCUCCGCACGAGAUUUCAGGGCAUCAGUCGGUUUUCAUCAACGAGCCUCGCCUGUCGGACUUCAAGCAGAUCCUGCUGAGAGAGGGCAUCCAGGCUGAGUUUGUGGGAGGAGUGCUGGUAUGCAACAACAUGGUGGCCGUCCGCAGGACGGAGGCAGGACGCAUUGGCCUGGAAGGCUGCCUGUGUGACGACUACUAUAAGAUCCGGGAGCUGCUGUAUCAGCAGUACGCCGUGGUAUAGCAGCAGCAGCAAGAGGAGGAGGAGGACACGCCGCAGAAGAGCAUACCAUGGCAAUACAGAGACAAUCCUUUACACGGACUCUACCCAGAGGAGAAGAGCAUACCACACUCAGGCUACCUCUGCCUCAGGGGCGGCUCUAGCUGUUUCACGGCAAUCCCUGUUGUAUAUUUUCCCUUUUUAUAAUUUUUUUUUUCCAGAUACCAUUUUUUAUUGUUAGUGUACCUCCACAAAGUGAGAGAGGUGGAUGCUUUCCCCAGACUGACCUCUCUGUGUGUGUGAACAGACUCUACAACUCCUCUCUCUCUGUAUAGUAUCCUGAUGCACUAGAUGGACUAACUGAUUCCCCUUCCCAUUCUGUCAUUAAAAAACUGUGUUUUUCAUA